AUGUUCUGUGGCUCAGUCUACAUCUUGUGGUGGAAUAUAGAAGUUCAUAAGAUAAACGUUGGGGGUGACACUGGCCCUCUUGGGGUACUUAGCGUCUUCUGCGGUACUGUUGUGAAUGCCUACAUUGCUGUUACAGCAUUUCUCAGAAAGUACAACCUCUCACACAUCAAGUUUGCGCUUCUGGCAGACUUUGCUGUCGCUAGCUGCAUCCUUGGAGCCUACCUGCACACCUUCAUUAAUAAAGAGCCUUCGUGGAUUAAGUGGAGUUACAUAGGCUGGAAGUGGCAAAGGCGUUGGAAAGCUGCCGAGGUCAUGCUCUUGGUGCCCUGUUCCCUGCUUUAUGCUGCUGUCGUGAUGGCUUUCGUGGGCUUUCGCAUCACCAGGGGGAAGAGAGAAGACCGACGCAAGGCCCUCCAUCGUAACAACAACGGCAACAAUAACGACAUUCCAAUGACCACAAUCCAGUCCAAUGAGCCUGAGGCUGAGGUUGACCCCGAGAUUAUAGAUGACCCGCCACCCCCCUAUGCUGCUGAUCCCCCUCCUUAUUCGGAAGCACCUCGUCAGACAUGA